AUGAGCGCAGAUGAUGAUGCAAAAUGGCUGGAGUGGGUGACCAAGCAGUUUGAGAGCAUUGCUGGAGAAAACAAAGAAAUUGAUCUAGAAGAAUUCAAGAUCGCUCUGAAAGUUAAAGAGUCUUUCUUUGCAGAGCGCUUUUUUGAUUUAUUUGAUUCAGACGGCAGUGGCUCCAUCAGCCUGGAUGAGUUACUGAAGGCUUUUAACCUCCUAAUACAUGGAAGUGAUACAGACAAACUGCGAUUUCUGUUCCAAGUAUAUGACGUUGAUGGUAGUGGUUGCAUUGACCCCGAUGAGCUGCGCACAGUACUGAGAUCAUGCCUACUGGAAAAUGCCAUCUCACUGCCGGAGGAGAAGCUAGAUGACUUAACUCUUGUACUUUUCCAGUCUGCUGACAAGGACAACAGUGGAUCCAUCACUUUUCAGGAGCUAAAGGAAGAACUGGAGCGUUUCCCAGAAGUCAUGGAAAAUCUUACAAUCAGUGCUGCGAACUGGCUGAAGCCUCCAACCCUAAAAAAGAAGAAUCACACACCACGUUAUCUGACCCGAGCUUACUGGCACAACAAUCGCAGCAAGGUCCUCUUCAUGUGCUCCUACUGCUGUGUUAACAUCCUGCUCUUCACCUUGGCAGCUAUCAAUCAUUCCAGUCUUGGUGGCUGGAUCAUGGUGGCCAAGGGCUGUGGUCAGUGCCUAAACUUUAACUGCACGUUUAUUGUGGUUUUGAUGCUCCGUCGGUGUCUGACAUGGCUACGUGCCACCUUCAUUGUGAAUUUCCUUCCAUUGGACCAGAACGUUAUCCUGCAUGAACUGGUGGGAUAUACAAUACUAAUUCUUACUGUGGUUCACACUGCCGCCCAUGUUAUAAAUUUCAUAAACAAGGCCAUAAACCCAGGAUCCUAUACAUUUUUGGAAUAUCUCCUUACACUGCGGCCUGGUAUUGGCUGGGUCUAUGGCAGUGCCUCCAUCACUGGAAUCUUACUGCAGCUUCUCAUCUGCCUCAUGCUGGUGUGCUCCAGCACCUUUGUUAGGAAAGGAGGACACUUUGAAGUAUUUUACUGGACACAUCUGUCUUACAUCUGGAUUUGGAUUCUGUUGUUCCUCCAUACUCCCAAAUUCUGGAAAUGGUUUCUAGUCCCUGGACUCCUAUUUGUGAUGGAGAAAGUAUUUGGAAUGGCUGCAUCACGUAUGGGAGGCCUGUACAUCUUAGAAGUGAAUUUGCUAUCCUCAAAGGUGACGCAUCUUGUUGUUAAGAGGCCACCAUCCUUUCAGUACAAGCCUGGCGACUAUGUAUACCUGAAUAUACCAGUUAUUGCCAAGUAUGAAUGGCACCCAUUCACCAUUAGCAGCGCCCCCGAGCAGGAAGAUACUCUAUGGCUACAUAUCCGUUCACUGGGACAAUGGACAAACAGUUUGUAUGAGUACUUCUGUUCCCCAGAGACUGCAAAGAGAUGUAAUGAUAAAAGAUUGACCAGAAAUAUGAAGAAGAGAAAACAUCAAAGCCAGGAACAAUUGGCAAUUGCCAAUAACAUAGAUGACCAGAUUGAACUGACGUCAUACAAACCACGUAGAAGCCAACCAGGAGAUGAAAUCUGCAUUAGCUUGGAGAAACGAGGAAGCAUCCAGGGUCGAAAAACUGGAGAAAAUCAUCAGAUAUGUAAUAUUAAGUGUUACAUUGAUGGUCCAUUUGGAACUCCAAGCCGAAGGAUCUUCACCUCAGACCAUGCAGUGUUGAUUGGAGCGGGGAUAGGCAUAACUCCAUUUGCUUCAAUUCUACAAAGCAUCAUGUACAGAUACCGAAUGAGAAAACAGAAUUGCCCCAACUGCAAGUACUCAUGGUGUGAAACAUUGAAAGACAAUGAAAUGAAGCUCAGAAAGGUGGAUUUCAUCUGGAUUAACAGAGACCAGAAAUUUUUUGAAUGGUUUGUCAGCCUGCUAACUAAGCUUGAGCUGGACCAAGCAGAUGAGGAGCCUGAGGGCAGAUUUCUAGAGAUGCAUAUGUACAUGACGUCAGCUCUCGGCAAGAAUGACAUGAAAGCCAUUGGACUCCAGAUGGCACUGGACCUUCUCGCCAAAAAAGAAGAAAGAGACUCUAUCACAGGGCUAAAGACCCGAACCCAGCCAGGGCGUCCAGACUGGAAUAAGGUUUUCCAGAAAAUAGAACAGGAGAAUAAGGGGAAAGUGCAGGUCUUCUUCUGUGGAUCUCCGGCCCUGGCUAAAGUCAUCAAAGCGCAUUGUGAGCAGUUCAGCUUUAAAUUUUUCAAAGAGAAUUUUUAGAACUUGGC